AGCUUGUAGAGAGUCACAUGACGCGUUUCCACAGAAACAGCAGCAGCGGUUUCCACGGCAACGACAAGUUAGCGGCGGCGCGUGACACGGAGUAAAAUGGCGGCGCCAGACCCGGGGGCUCUGAAUGAGGAACAGCGACAGCGACUGACCGACUUCAAGAUCCAGACGCGUGUAAGUAAUGAGACCUACCUGCGAGAGCACCAGGAGAUUCAGCUGCUCAUAUCCGGCUUCAUGAGAGAAGUCCUGCUGAGACGGCCAGAGAAUAUCCGACAGUUUGCUGCAGCGCAUUUCACCCACCCUGAUGUGGCACAGAGUGUCCGGGAGAAGAAGAGAGCGUCAGCUGUAUCCUGAGAGUGCAAGGGGCCCACAGACACCCACCUCAUGUGACUCCUCUCAGGCCCUGGAGAUGAUGCUCUCGCCUUCCUAAGACUUUAUUAAACAAGAUAUUCAACACCAGCCCUAGACCCCAACACUGAUACACCCCUAAAUCAUUUCUGCCUUCUCUCCUGGGAGACAAUUCCCUUAGAAUAAAGAACCCCUUCCUAUGCUGAUGGUGAGAUCUCCUUUCCUCCCCACCAAUGAAUCACUCAUUCCCCCUCUCUUGGUAGGGAAUCCCAUAAC